CAGAAGGGGAUCGAACUAUGAAAGAGCUUGCAGCACCAGAUGUGGCUUAUAAGUACUCAUGCAUCACUUAUCCAGAUUUGGCAGGAGAUUUUGAACUUAGAUCAGGACUUAUUCAUCUGCUUCCCAAAUUUCAAGGCUUAUCAGGAGAGGAUCCUAACCACCAUCUACAUGAAUUCCAUGUGGUUUGUUCAACCAUGAAGCCACAGGGGAUUUCAGAAGAAGACAUUAAGUUGAGGGCUUUUCCAUUCUCUUUGACGGGAGCAGCUAAAGACUGGUUAUAUUGCCUUCCAGCUGGAUACAUUACAAGUUGGAUUGAUAUGAAGAGAGCUUUUUUGGAGAAAUUUUUCCCAGCUUUUAGGACUGUAACUAUUAGGAAGAGCAUUUGUGGUAUUAAGCAAGUAGUGGGAGAGACUCUUUAUGAUUAUUGGGAGAGAUUCAAGAAGCUGUGUUCGAGUUGUCCACAACAUCAAAUUAGUGACCAGCUUCUUGUUCAAUAUUUUUAUGAGGGUCUACUUCCCAUGGAUAGGAGCAUGAUAGAUGCAGCAGCUGGAGGAGCCUUGGUGAAUAAGACUCCAAAUCAAGCAAGAGAGUUAAUUUCAAAUAUGGCGGAAAACUCACAGCAAUUUGGGAGUAGAGCUCUUGGUACUAGAGUGGUUAAUGAAACUCAUUUGGUUUCAACUGAGCAACAAGAAAUUAGAAACAAUUUGCAAAAAUUGACUUCUUUAGUGAAGCAAAUGGCGUUACAAAAUUCGAGUCAUCAACACAAAUAUGAUCCCAACUCUUCAACUUAUAAUCCGGGAUGGAGGGAUCAUCCUAAUUUGAGGUAUGGGAAUGCAUUUUAUCAGCAUCAACCACAAGGGCAGACUCAUCAGCCAUAUUAUCAGCAUCAACAGAAUCAACAUUAUUACCAGAAUCAUCCAGCAAGUCAUUCACAACAAUUUCAGAAACAACAGCAGCCUCAAUUUCAGCAAAAUUUAAGCCAAAAUCAGCAAUUUCAACCAUUCCAAAAUUUCCAGCAUUCAAAUAUUGCAAGUCAGCCACAGUUUCAGAAUUCACAGAAUCAGCACACACAUUUCCAGCAUGUUCAGCAACCUGUGCAGAAUUUCCAGCAGCCAAGUAAUGCAAAUCAGCACCAAUCUCAGCUUGCACUGCCUUCUUCUACAAGCCCAAGAUCAAUGCAACCUCAGCAGAACUUUAGCAGCUCAAAAAUUGAGGAUUUGAUGCAGCAAGUGCUUCAACAGCAACAGCAGAUGAUGCAACAGCAGCAACAUCAGCAAAGGACUGAUACAGCACUACAAAACAUUGAAAGGCAGAUUGGGCAGCUGACCCAAAUCCGAAUUUUUCAGCAGGAUCACAGCAAAGUUUCUAGAAUUUUCCAGCAAAUUCAGAGCAGCCAGAUUCUGCAUAGCAUGGGAUUACUGGAGCUGAUCAGCAACAUUUCAAUCAACCGAAAGCUUCAGACAGCUCCAAAUUCAGCACAGAAUCUGGACAGAAAUAUUACCCAGCAAGGAGCUGAGUCUUCCAUUCCGUUACCUUUCCCUCAAAGAAGUGUACAACCAAGAAGAGAAAUGGAGGAAGAAAAGGCUAAGGAAUAUCAAGAAUUAGUGAAAUUAUUUAGCAAGGUUGAAGUGAAUGUGCCUUUGCUUACCAUGAUCAAGCAAAUUCCAAAAUAUGCCAAAUUCCUCAAAGAUCUUUGUGUGCACAAAAAGAAAUUGAAGGGGAAUAAAUUGAUAAGUAUGGGGAAAAAUGUUUCAGCAUUACUUCAGCCAGUUCCUCAGAAGUGUGAAGAUCCAGGAGUUUUCACCGUGCCUUGUAUUAUAGGAGAUUGUAUUUUUGAGGAUGCGAUGUUAGAUCUUGGAGCUUCUAUUAAUGUGAUGCCUAAAUCAGUUUUUCAGUCAUUAAGAAUUGGACCUUUGCAGCCUACAGGUGUAGUGAUUCAGUUGGCCAACCGAAGUCAAGCACACCCAGCAGGAGUAAUUGAGGAUGUAUUGGUAAAAGUGAGGGAAUUAAUUUUUCCUGCAGAUUUUUACAUCUUAGAUAUGGAGGGUGAUGUGCUUGCAAACAGGGCUCCGCUUAUUCUUGGACAUCCAUUCUUGAAGACUGCUAGAACCAAGAUAGAUGUACAUGCAGGAACUCUUUCUAUGGAGAUAGGAGACACAGUGGUUAGAUUCAACAUUUUUGAGGCUAUGAAGCAUCCUAGAGAGGAUCAUUCUAUACUUAGCGUGGAUAUUUCAGAGGAGUUGGAUGACAUGGAGUUCUUGUCAGAUAUUGAUUCAGACUUAGAGGUUUCUGAUUUUGGUCAUGAGAAUGAAUUUGUUUCAUUGUUGGAGGAUAUUUUAGAUGUGGAAUCUGAUGUUAACUCAAGUGAAUGCACACAGGAGGAAUUGAAGCCAUUACCUCAGCAUUUGAAGUAUGCCUAUUUGGGAGAGAAUCAACAGCUACCUGUCAUCAUAGCUCAGAAUUUGGAACCGGAUCAGGAGGAACGAUUGUUAGAGAUUCUGAGACAGCAUAGGAAGGCCAUUGGAUGGACUCUGGCAGACAUUCCUGGGAUCAGUCCUUCCAUUUGUAUGCAUAAGAUUUACUUAGAGGAGGAUGUGAGGCCAGUGAGACAGCCACAGAGACGACUGAACCCUUUGAUUUUGGAUGUGGUAAAGAAGGAGGUGACUAGACUCUUACAGGCUGCCAUUAUUUAUCCGAUUUCUGACAGUAAAUGGGUAAGUCUCAUCCAUGUGGUUCCGAAGAAGUCAGGGGUGACAGUGGUAGCUAAUGAAGAGAACGAACUGGUGCCCACGAGAGUGAAGAAUUCUUGGAGAGUAUGUGUGGAUUACAGGAAGCUGAACCAAGCAAGCCGAAAGGAUCAUUAUCCACUUCCUUUUAUUGAUCAGAUGUUGGAGAGACUGGCAGGUAAAUCACAUUAUUGUUUUCUUGAUGGGUACACUGGUUAUUUUCAUAUUUGCAUCGACCCAGAGGACCAGGAGAAGACUACCUUCACCUGCCCUUUCGAUCAUGCAGCUUUGAAGUAUCUCCUCAAGAAGCCUGAUGCAAAGCCUAGAUUAAUCAGAUGGAUGCUUCUGCUUCAAGAAUUCGACGUAGAGAUACGUGAUAGGAGUGGGAAGGAGAACUUGGUUGCAGAUCACUUGAGCAGGAUUGAAGGAGACUUGGACCAUUCGGCCAUUGAUGAUGAUUUCAGGGAUGAGCAGCUUUUAUAG